AUGCUUGAGGGCACAAGUCUAUCAAAGCUGCGAGGAGAAGUUUUCAUAACUUUCAACCAGAGGGCAUUUUUUUUACGAAACUUUCCAUUUGAAUCUUCCUCCGUUCGUUCAUUCGUUCGUUCGUUCUUUCUUUCCAUCCUUUCUUUCUUUCGUUCUUUCCUUUCUUUCUUUCUUUCUUUCUUUCUUUUUUCUUUCUUUCUUUCUUUAUUUUUCUUUCUUUCUUUCUCUCUUUCUUUCUCUUUCUUUCUUUCUUUCCUUCUUUCUUUCUUUCUUUCUUUGCUUCUUUCUUUGACGCCUUUUCUUACUGGUGCUUCUCUUUCUUCCUUUCUUUCUAUCUUUCUCUUUUUCUCUUUCUCACUUUUUAAAAGUUUUUCCCUUUUCCCGCUCUCUUUUUCUCUUCAUUCUCGCUUUCUUAUUCUCUUUCUUUUUCCUUAUUCUCUUUCUUUCUUUCUUUUUCCGUUCCUAUUUCUUCUCUCUCUCUCUCUCUCUUUUCCUCUUUAUUUUCUACCUUUACUUCUUCCUUUCUUUUUUUUCUUUGUGUUUCUAUUUAUUUGUAUUUUUUCACUUUCUUUCUUUCUUUCUUUCUUUCUUUCUUUCUUUCUUUCUUUCUUUCUUUCUAAUACCUUCUUUCUUUCUUUCUUUCUAAUAACUUCUUUCUUUCUUUCUAAUACCAUCUUUCUUCUUUCUUUCUUUCUUUCUUUCUAA